AUGAGCACUGAUGCUAUUCGCCCUCGCGGUCGGCCAGCCCACACUCCAGGAACGACAACCCUAACCUACACACCGGACGGGAAACGAAUUAUUACUGCUGGAUCAAACUCAGCGAUUCGGAUUUACACCGUUGAUCAAGAUGGCGAGCCCAAGACCGUGGAUGAAGGUCUUCUAGACGGUUAUGUCGGAAUCGGUGCCACGAAUGAUUCCUUCAUUGUGGGCACUGAGGACGGUCAGGUCUGGCAAUUCAAUACCUUGUCGGGCAAGAUUGGAACUCAGUUGGUGCGAUGCGCGUUGCCUGUGAGAGACGUGGCGGUUUCCCGGGAUGGCCAAUGGCUUGCAGUAGCAAGCGAUGAGCUCACCGUGAAACUCGUCAAAAUCGAUAACCAAAUCGAGACGAAAUACCUCCGCGACCAGCUAACAGGCGCGAAACACGUCACAUUUGAUCCCAAGGGCCGUUUUGUGGCCGUAUCAGCCAUAGAUGGCUUUCUUUCGGUGUACUCACUCACAGAAGAGGAACCGGAGCUGGUAAGAAAACUGGAUGGAGUCAUUCGAAAACUCGAGCCCGACGCAGAGGCAACAUCCAGAGCCGUGUGGCAUCCGGACGGUACUGCAUUUGCAGUGGCGGAAGCCACUCGAGACAUUGCAGUCUAUUCAAUCUCCAACUGGAAGAAAGAAAAGAGCUUUACUGGAGGACAUACGGGCGACAUCACGGCACUAAGCUGGGCACCUAAUGGUACGCUGCUGGCUUCUGCUGGAGCUGACGGCCAGAUCGUGCUCUGGGAAACCCGUACCCAAAGCAUUCUGCACCGAUUCGACUUUGGCAAUGUCAUCAACCUUGCCUGGCAUCCAACGAACAAUUCGCUUUCGUUCACCACUUCCGAUGGAGAAUUGUUCAUCUACGAUAAAUUCGUCCCGAGGGAUCACGAAGCCCAGUUACAGAAGUCUCUCCAGGCUGCACCCAUCUAUCCCGGUCCAUUGAAUGACAUUUCCAACAAUGUCCAGCAGACAUUGGCUGACCGAUCCAAAGAUGCCAUCAAGCGGGCAGCCCGCAGAGGGUCUCCGGACGAGCUGGAUGAUAUUCUCGGCGAUGAUGAGGAGAUGGAGGAUAAUUUCGUCGAGGAUGACGAUGGAGCAGGAUACGUUGAGGAUUUGAAUGAGUACGGAAAGCGACCCAAUGGUCAUUUGGAUGACCUGGAUGGCUCUGACAGCAAGCGCAUCUUCUCGGGCGCCGUGCAACCAAAAUCCCAUCCUCCUAUCCAGCCCGGUAGCACACCGUGGGCUGGGAGCAGACGAUAUCUGUGCCUGAACUUGACCGGUGCCGUGUGGACCGUGGAUCAAGAGACGCACCACACCGUGACAGUGGAGUUUUAUGAUCGAGAACUUCAUCGAGACUUCCACUUUACAGACCCCUACCAAUACGACAAAGCGUGCCUUAACGAGAACGGAACCCUCUUCUCAAACAGCCCUUCGGAUGGCCCUGCUACCAUCUUCUACCGUCCUCAUGAGACAUGGACGACCAGAGCCGAUUGGCGAACCCAAUUACCCGAAGGAGAGGGAGUACGAGCUCUGGCACUGAGUGCCUCCUAUAUUGUUGCUGUCACGACAAAAGACUAUGUGCGAGUGUACACUCUCUUUGGAACACCCUAUCGGGUGUACCGACAGAAGAGCCAGGCUGUGACAUGUGCUGCAUGGCGAGACUACAUCAUGACAAUUGGCAAUGGCCCGGUAGGAUCUGACGGGCGACACACAUCAUUGCGAUACACCAUUGAAAAUGUCAAGCGCGACGAAAUCUGCCAGAAUGAAGACGUUGUCGCUCUUCCAUCCGAAACCCGACUGCAGAGUGUUUUCUUUUCUGAUCAUGGAGACCCAUGCAUUUAUGAUACUACCGGUGUUUUACUGGUGUUGCAGCACUGGCGCACUCCUGGUCAGGCUCGAUGGGUGCCUCUCCUCGACACAAAGCAACUUGCCCGACUGGCUGGAGGUCGCAAGGAAGAGACUUACUGGCCGGUUGCUGUGGCGGAAGACAAGUUUCACUGCAUCAUUCUCAAGGGUGGUGACAAGAACCCAUACUUCCCGCGACCGCUGCUCAGCGAAUUUGAUUUCCAGGUUCCCAUUUCCAGUCAUGCGGUCAGGGACUCCAAUGAAUCAGAAGAGGCUGCGUCAGAACGAAACGCCAGUGUCAAGUUUGAAGAAGCAUUCGUGCGUGGCAAUGUCCUUCUGUCGCUCUUCCGGGACCUCUUGGAAUCGACCAAUGCGACAGCCAGCCAACGUACCGAAAUGGCACGUAAGGAAGUGGAGAUUGACAAGACCUUGCUGCAGAUGCUGGCCAUCGAAUGCAGAGAGGGUGAAGAGCGUGGUAUGAAGGCACUUGAAUUAGUAACCAUGCUGAACGAUCGUAAUGGUAAGAUGCUUGAGGCGGCAGCUAAGGUGGCCCAACGCUACGAGCGUGGUGUAUUGGAGGACAAGAUCCGAGAAAUUGCUGAGCGACGAGUGAUGGGCAUGGAUGAUGACGAUGAAUUGGCCUAA